UAAGGAAUUUGACUGUCUAUGCUACUGCGAGAACUGAAAUCAAAACAGCCCGUAUUUGUUUCCUAGCUGUUGUCUGCCGCAUGCCCAUGUUGAACUCUCUCCCCUUCCUAUAAAAUCCAAAUCCACCCAUUUCUUCUCUCUUCACUUCCUCCCCUCUGCAUCGGGUAAAAUCACUUUCUUCCCUCUCUUUCUGUUUCCCUUUUGUAAUUUCUGAUUCUGUUUCUUUUGUUGUUUUUGUUGUUGGUUUUUUAGAUAGAGAGAAAAAGAAAGUGCAAUGGCGGUCAGUUCCAGUGGAAGAACGACAGAGCUUGGGGUUGUUUCAAGGAAGUGGAAACAGAGAGAAAUAAGCCCAGAAAGAAACAAAGUCUGGAUUGAACCCAAGCCUCACAAAACCAAGUCUUCCAGUACUGAAAAAAAAGUUGCUGUUGUUUACUAUUUGUCUAGAAAUGGUCAGUUUGAACACCCUCAUUUCAUGGAAGUUACUCUCUCUUCUAAUGAUGGACUUUAUCUCAAAGAUGUAAUCAACCGCCUGAACCUCCUUCGAGGCAAAGGCAUGGCAAGUUUAUACUCUUGGUCCUCCAAAAGGAGUUACAAAAACGGCUUCGUUUGGCACGAUUUAGCAGAGGACGAUUUUAUUUACCCAUCUCACGGCCAUGAAUACGUUCUCAAAGGAUCGGAGAUUCUCGACCACUCGAUAAAGCCUCAAUCCCUUGAAACAGAGUCGUCUUCUUUUCGAUUAACAAAACCGCCAGAGUCUCAAAAAUCCGAGAACGAUGAUGAUUUUCCUUCAAUCAGACGGUGGAAGAAUCAAUCUUGGAGUUCUAUUGAUAUCCAAGAGUACAAAGUCUAUAAGGCUGAGUCAAACUCCGAGUCAACCGGAAGACUCGCCGCUGAUGCGUCGACUCAGACUAAUGAUAUUAAGAGAAGAAGAAAAAAACCGGUGGCUGAGGAAGCGGAAAUUGAAGAGCUGCAAAGUCAAAGUCAAGAGUUGGAGCAGAAUCAGACUACGGAGCUGAGUAGCGAAGAAAUUUGGCCUCCACCAACGGAUUCGAGUCCGGAGACAUUGGAAUCCUUGUUGAAAGCUGAUGGACGGCUGAGAUUAUGCAAUGGUGGUAGUAAAGAAGAUAACUUGAGUCGGACGGCUGAGAGUUGCCCAAGUGGGAGAAUGAAGGCAUCCUCUGUAUUGAUGCAGUUGAUAUCCUGCGGUUCGAUCUCGUUUAAGGACUGCAGGCCCAGCUCGGAUAGGGAUCAAGGUUUCUCGUUGAUUGGGCACUAUAAAUCGAGGUUACCACGCGGAGCAGGGAAUUGUAGCCACGUUGGGAAAGAAUCAAGGAUUGAAAAGGAAAUUGGGAGCUUUUCAAGGGUAAAAUUGGAAGAUAAAAAGUAUUUUAGUGGGAGCUUAAUUGAGACCAAGAAAGAGGAAGUUCCUGCCUUGAAGAGAUCUUGUUCUUACAAUGCUGAUAGGAGCUCGCAGUUGCAGUUGGCAGAAAAAGAGAUAGAUGGAGUGUAUGCGACGUGCAACCCAAGGAAGCUGAAAACCAUGUCAACGAAGAAUGAAGGCAACAUAAAUGCAGAUAGCUGUGGUGAAAGUGGAAGCAAUAGUCAAAUGGGAAGCAAAAGGCAUGAUGUCUAGAUUAUCAUAGUUCAUUGGAACUUAGCUACGUGAAUUGUAGUAGUUUGUAGCUUUGUAACAAAACAGAGACAAGUGAAUGAUAAUGGAGAAACAUCAUACACAAACUAUUUGCGAAUGUAUUGCAAGCUACGGCAAGGUGAGCCCGCACAAUGAGAGGAACAGUAGGGUUGGGAAUCUUGUAAAACUCUUUUGUUGAAUUGUGUAAAUUUGUUCAUUUCAGUUUGGAGCUUUCCUUGAUUUUUGUGGGAAUGGUUGACUGGGUUCAUUUAUCUUAAUUUCGGAGAAUUGGCAGUUGGCAUUAACUCUAGUAGCUUUAGGCUCUUUUUGACUCAAAUUUGGUUGGACUUUGAAACAUGGGAAAUGGAAUUUCAUCUCUGGUAUUAUCAUCUGCUUUGGUUUUUGCUCCAUUGCUGGAAACUUGUGGUUUUCACGGCCGGCCUGUCACGUGAAACUUGAUGAAUGUACCCGAGAAAGUUCCAACAUUUGCUUUGCCUACUACAUACUUAAUUUCGUUUCAAUAUCUGUUGUACGAGUC